AUGCGCAUUCCACACCUGGCAUCAAUACACUGUAUCGCGCAUAGGGAGGCCCUCGCAGUCCGAGAUGCCGCCGACGAAGUCCCCGAACUUCGCAUGGUGGACGGUGUGGUGCGGGCGUUCGCAGAGCACAUCGGCCGCAGCAGCGUGCACUACACCAAGUUUCAGAACCUGCAGCAGAUCUUCUGCCAGACUAACUUGGAGGCGCAAGGGAUCCACGCCGUGCGCUGGCUCUCCUGUGGUGAGGCGGUUCAACGACUGCUCGAUGUCCUCCCUGCAGCCAUCGUGGUGUUGAAGGACUACAAGGCGGAGCUGUACGAGGUGGUAACCUCGUUCAAAAGCUACGACGUACCUCCUUUAUCACCUCCUCCUUGCUCGCCUCCUCCUUGCUCGCCCCCUCCUUGCUCGCCCCCUCCUUGCUCGCCCCCUCCUUUGUCGCCUCCUCCUUUGUCACCUCCCAUCUUCCUUCCUGCCUCGCCCACAUCGCCAGGCCAUGCCACCACGGCGCAUCUGCUGACGUGGACGUUCUAUCUGCUGGCGAAGCAUCCUGAAUGGCAGGAGCGGCUGAGAGCAGAGCUCAAGCAGGCGCUUACUCAGCAGGGGGCACGAGACACGUCAGCAGCCACCACAGGAACAGCAGCAGCAGAGAAGGCGGGGUCAGAGGAAGGUGGAGGAAAACCAGGAGGGGGAAACCAAAGGGGGUCUGGAGGGGAGGGAGAGGAGGGAGAGGAGGGAGGAGGGCGAGAGGGAGGAAGGCGAGAGGGACGAGAGGGGGAGGGAGGGGGGCGGGUGACAUGGGAGGUGGUGGCGGCGCUGAAAGACAUGGGCAUGAUGCUGCAGGAGAGCCUGCGCAUGUUCCCACCCGUCCCUUUCAUGGGCCGCACGUGCCAACAGGCGUGCAGGGUGGGGCCGUACGACCUACCCCAAGGGAUAGACGUGCUGAUACCAGUCGCCAUGCUGCACUACGACCCGCGCUUCUGGGGCCCCCACACCCUCGACUUCAACCCGGACCGCUUUGCCAAAGGCUUAGAUGAAGCCUGUUCUCACCCUCAGGCAUUCCUUCCCUUUGGUUCGGGCCCACGUAUUUGCAUCGGGAACAACUUUGCCCUCACCGAAGCAAAGGUGGUGUUGGCACACAUCCUCAGGCGGCCUUUCAUUGGUCAAGCGCUCGACCUCUACCGCCUCACCCCCCCUCCCGCCUCCUCCUCCUCCUCCUCCGCCUCCCCUUCCCCCGACUCUCCCCCCUCCACGCACGGCCCGGCUGUGUUCCUUCCGCGGCUGCACGAGUGGCGCCAGCAGUACGGUGACGUGUUCGGGUUCACUAUAGGGGGGACGGCGCAGCUGCUUGUAACGGAUCCUGCACUAGUCCUGCUAUCCAGCAGCGGGCGAUUCACCAAGGCAGCGGGGGCGCGCAAGGCAGUCCUGCUAUCCAGCAGCGGGCGCUUCACCAAGACAGCAGGGGCGCGCAAGGCGCUGAGGCUGCUGGGCAACGGUCUGCCUCUCUCAGAGGGGUCUCUGUGGGCCCGCCAGCGCCGCAUCGUGAAUCCUGCCUUCCGCCCCGCCGCCAUCAAGGGCCAGUCCUUGGCGAACUCGUGGUCGAAUCAGCUGCAGCAGCAGAGGGAGGGGAAUGAAGAGGGAGUGCAGGAGGGUGCUCAUAGCGAGCGUGCUAAUAAGGAGCGUGCGUGCAUGGAGGUGGACGUGCAGGAGAGCAUGUCCCUCGUGGCUCUCGAUGUCAUCGGGCUCGCUGCCUUUGGCUCUGCUGUCAUGCACGAGGGAGGCGAGGAGGGUGGUAGGCUCAUGCCUGGAGACAUAGGACGGGAACGAGCAGCAAAGGCAGAUAAAGCAGUAGCAGUAGCGGCAGGGGCAGGGGAUCCAGUGCAGCUGUACAACGCUCUGUCCAAGCUGGCAGAGCUGGGCGCCAAGAGGGUCUUCUCCUGGCGCUCCCUCGUGCCCUUCUAUGACAUCCUGCCCCUUCCAGAGAACUUUGCCUUGUGGGCAGCAGAGAAGAAGAUCCGCAACCUGACCUUGCACCUGAUUGGCAAGAGGCGGGCAGCAGCAGCAGCAGCAGUGCAUGCGGAGGAGGAGGCACACGGAGGGUCAGAGAAGCAACAGGGGGGGGCAACAGGGCGAGCUGCUCGGGACCUGCUGGCACUCAUGCUGGCAGCACAUGACUAG